UGAAGGGGUGAAGGGGUCAUAAGACGGUUGCGGAUCUGCGUCUGCGUCUGCGUCUGCGCUCUUCUUUGAUUGAGUUCUUGCACUUUACUUGUAACACGAAUACAGCUACUGGAAUACACAUCACGGUUUAUUUGCGAUCGUCGUCUUACACCAGGACUACAGACUACGUUUACCAUACCAUACCGUGCCGAUCUCCGAGGAGCCUACUACUUACUAGUCGGCCCGAGCAACGACCUACAACCACGAUACCCGCGAAAUAGGGCGGCGACUGGAAAACGAAAGCGAUGCCGACGAUACCUGUGUUUUCGCCGACGGAUAGCGGACCUAUUGCAGCCCGCACUGCAGAUGAGGAGCCAUAUGGGCGCGUAGAGCUUUCGCCAACAGCGCUCGCGUUCUUGAUUCCGCUAUUCGUCGUAUUUAUCUUUGGCCCCAUUGCAUGCGUAGUGGGCAUCCGCAGAUCAAGGAGAAAUGUGCCGCAAACCACGGUACCGUUUGCUGUUCGGCAGAUGGCGUGGCGGAGGGAAGAGGCGAGGAGGAGGCUGCAAGGCGUGACGACGGUGUCGAAUGUAGCGGACGGGACGCAGGCUGCGUGCGUGGGCGAGGCAACUGAAGGCGAGAAGGCGGCGGAGAGCUUGUCUAUACUGGAGAGGGAAUGCGCGAUAUGUCUCUCGCCUUUGCAUGCGCCUUCGCCUCCCGAGCCCGCGAAACUAGCCACGGGCACAGCUGAAGUCGGCGAGCCAUCGAUCGCGCCUUCAAUCCUCGAGAAGGGCGAGGGCGCGAACGAAGAGAUCCUGAAGCUCAACGUCUGCGGUCACGAAUUCCACGCCGAAUGCCUCAUCUCGUGGUUCAUCCGCUGGAAGUACAGCUGCCCCAUCUGUCGCGCGGUGUAUUAUGGCAAGAAACCUGAGGAGAAGAAGGUGACCGCGGGCACCCAAACUGAAAGCGCCGAAUCAGGAGGAGGGCCAAGUGAGGGAACUGAGCAGCGGAGACAGGAAGGGGGGAAUCCGCGCCGGGUGACAUUUGCGAUUCCGAUUGGGCAUUUGCGAUGAGGUUGCGGCCGCUGGUAUCCUGAUGAUAGAGAAGGGGAAAGUCGGUCAACAAACCCCUCCCGGAUCACGAUGAAGGCACAGCCAGACGCUCUACUUGAAGCAUCAUUCUUGGAGGGAAGAUCGCUCGUAGUCCCCUUACUCGGGUUGAAAAAAAGCGCAUCACGGUUGUGGACACCUAGGUGCG